GGAAUGGAGGGUCUAUCACUAUACAUUCAAAUCCGAAACCUAAACUUCACCUAGAAAAUUCCUUCAAUCAACCUUUUCUUGUUAAAGACAUUUUCUGUGAGAGAGUGAGAAACUAAGAAAGGAGAGUUGGGAAUUAGGAUUUUUUUUAUAAUUAUUAUUAUUUUAUUUAUUUAUAUAUUUUCUUUUUAUUUUGGUUCAUAUAAGAAAGGGGAAAGGAGUUGGGACACUUUGUAAAAGAAAAUGGAUUUAAUAUAAUGGAUUGAAAUUUCGAUUUGUAAUUCAGUUUUCAAUUUUUAUAAACCCCAAACCGAAUCCAAACCAUAAUCCAUAUUUUUAGAUUUUUCCUAACCGAUCUAAUCCAAACCAAAUUACUUAUUCGAUUUACUUUUAGUCCGAAUCACCCCAAUAUAAGACUUCCUCCAUCUAAGUUGAGAGUGUACUCCCACUUGCCAGUUGCCACUACCAUUUCCCACUACUCCGUUACUCCGUAGAACAACCAGCUAAACGAGAAAGCGCUAAGAAAUUGAAUUGAAUCACUCUCCUAGAUUAAACUGAAUUUGUGUGUUGUACAAAAACAUGAAUAUUAGAGGUUGUACUGGUAUUGCCAAACCUAGUUUCUUACUAAUACAAUUGGAUUUGCCAACUUUGAGGCUUGGAAAAGUACAUUUCCUUCCAUUACCAUGUAAUUCAUCAACCAAUAAACCUGGGUUUAAGGUUAGAUUUCAGCACUCGGUUGCUGAAAGAUCUUAUUCUAGCUCCCGAGCUGCGAAACCAUACUCGGGCCGGGUGAAGAAGAAAGAAGAGGGUGCAUCGUCGUUGUAUUUACGUCCUAGUUUAAGUGAUAUGAAGCAGCAGAGAAUGGAGAAUCGUGCCCAGGUUUACGAGUUUUUGAGAGGGAUUGGUGUUGUACCUGAUGAACUUGAUGGCUUAGAACUGCCUGUUACGGUUGAUGUUAUGAGGGAACGCGUGGAUUUCCUCCACAAAUUGGGGCUUACGAUUGAGGAUAUUAAUAAUUAUCCGCUUGUACUUGGGUGCAGUGUGAAGAAGAAUAUGAUUCCGGUGCUAGAUUACCUUGGAAAACUAGGUGUUCGGAAAUCUAGAGUCACUGAGUUUUUAAGACGGUACCCACAAGUACUUCAUGCUAGCGUUGUUGUGGAUCUUCAGCCUGUAGUUAAGUAUCUGCAAGGAAUGGAUAUCAAACAACCUGAUAUUCCUCGUGUUCUCGAGAGAUAUCCAGAGCUAUUAGGGUUUAAGCUUGAAGGGACCAUGAGCACAUCUGUUGCAUAUUUGGUUGGGAUUGGGGUUGGUAGAAGAGAAAUUGGUGGGAUUUUGACGAAAUACCCAGAGAUUUUAGGAAUGAGAGUAGGCCGUGUCAUCAAACCUUUUGUUGACUAUCUUGGAAGUCUAGGCAUUCCAAGCUUAGCUGUUGCUAGAUUGAUUGAGAAAAGGCCUCACAUCAUUGGUUUCGACUUAGAAGAGAGGGUAAAACCAAAUGUUGGAUGUCUUCUAGAAUUUAAUGUCAGAGAAAAGUCACUUGCUGUAAUGAUUGCUCAAUAUCCCGAGAUUAUUGGGAUUGAUCUCAAGUCCAAGCUUUCGGCACAACAAACAUCAUUCAAUACUAUCCUUGAUCUUAGUUCUGAGGACUUUGGGCAAAUCAUAGAGAGGAUGCCACAGGCUAUAAGUCUUAGUAAAACAGCAAUAGUGAAGCAUGUAGAUUUUCUCAAACUUUGUGGUUUCUCUUUACAGCAGAUUAAAAAGAUGGUUGUCGGAUAUCCACAGUUGCUUGCACUGAAUCUGGAUAUAAUGAAGCUGAAUUUUGAUUACUUUCAAGUGGAAAUGUCAAGGCCUUUGGAUGACUUGGUUGAUUUCCCCGCCUUCUUCACGUACGGUUUGGAGUCCACAAUAAAGCCAAGGCAUCAGCAAGUUGCGAAAAAAGGAUUGAAAUGCUCCCUUUCAUGGCUUUUGAAUUGUUCAGAUGAGAAGUUUGAUCGAAGAAUGAGUUAUGAAUCAAUUGACAUGGAGGAGAUGGAGCCAGAGCCCACAUUUGACAUGAAAUCUUUAAUGGGAUCUAGAACAGAUGAGUCAGAUUCUGAGAUUGAUGAUUAUGAUGAUGAAGAUAUGUAAUGUCUUUAUUCAAACCUGUAUUUCUCUUUUCUAUGGAGUUGUGAAUUAUUUUGCUCUCCAACAAUUUGGGAAUGUCCAUAUAGAUAGUGGUAUUCAUUAUCUUGAAGGUAAAGUUAUUGAUCAUUACUGUUUUAAAUUUUUAGCAUGGUGUUUUCUAGUCACAAGUUGAUUAAAAUGCUAAAGCCCCAUUGUAAGGGAAGAUCCAAUGUGUUUACCUAUCAAAUUGCUUGAUUGUGUUAAAGAUGCUUAUUUAUUUACACUCUGGGUAGCACACACAUCACAGCACUGUGGUAGUUUAAAUACUAUAGUGUAUUGUUAUGCAUAUCAUAAGGCAAAGUGGCAAACUAUUGCUAAGCAUUAUGUACUGGAUAUCCCACAGAAAAAGUAGGAGCAUUCUAAUUUAGAACUUAGUGCUGUUUUAUAGGGUCGUUACCUUGUGCUUUUAACUUCAUAUGCUGUAUAGUGUGAUUGACAGCCUUUUGUUUUGCAUUAUUUUGCGCUCCUGCCUCUUAGUCCUCUACUUAUGUAAUCUUAGCCUGCUUUGAGUCAAUGGAUGUCUUAAGUUUUGGGGAUCAAUAACAUAUAACCUAUGUAAGAACUCUUUGUCUUUGUCCCUUUAAUCCUCUUUAAAUGUCUGAUGUAGUGUGAGGUUACCCUGUUGGAUUCAUAGACUUGCUUAUGCCAAUUAUUGUAGUAGCUAAUCGAUGAAUUUUUACAUCACUUUUUAUUUUGUAUGGACUCAACUGUGCUUAGCAAGAAGAUGAUGUUAUUGCAUACAAUUUUGAUUUAAUCCUUUUUAGUAUUCUGAUUAUGGAUUCCUGUGGAAUUGUCAUAAGUUAACAUUAAUCCUACAUUUGACUACAUUCUAUUUAUCCAAUUCUAGCUAAAACGUGUUAUAAAGCGAUGUUUUAAUUUCGAAGAUGAAUGCAUGUGUGGGUCCUUGUAUGUUUUGCCAUUCUGUCCUGCUUUUUUAUGCAUGCAAGCUAAAUUAUGCUUUCAACUUCAGUAAUCAGAAAUGGAACUUUAGACAGCAUAGGGUGAGGUACUGUUGUUGGGGACAGACGAGUGUUUACUGAAUUGGGAUUUGUGCUGGCAUACCGCAUACAACUUGGCUUGAUUGAAUUAAACUUUACCCUUUAGUAUUUUUAUAUCUCCUUUCAAUACUAUCUGUCCACAUCUCUUUUUUAAUUCCAUAUUUGUUUCUUAUAAUAUCUAUGUAAUACCUCUGUUACAUAUUAUGUGAACUUUUGAACAUUUUAUAUCUCACAAAUAAUACCCAAAACUUGUACAUAAUAUGUAACUGAGGUAGUAUUUCACUUCUCUGUUUAAAGAUACCAAUGCAAGAUUACACGUCAAUUUUGAAUUUUAUUACAGUAUUACCUGACUUGUUUGUGUGCAUAACCUUAAAAGACAAUUAUUUGGAAUGAAAGGAGUAUCAAAUAAGUGAUCACAUAUUCUCCAAAAAAAAAAAAAAAAAAAAAAAAAAACCAGAAGCAUUUAUGUUCUAUUGUUGGUGAUCCUAUGCUUUCAUUUUUGUGCAGAAUUUAUUAGCAAUCAAUGUAUUUACGAAAUGAGUUUUGGUCAAAUUGUCAUGUUAAAGCAGCUAAACACUGAUCUUUCAUUCUACUGUGCAAAGUAAAUCCAAAAGGCAGCUCAUGGAAUGUUCCUAAAAGAUCUCAAUUACACCUCAGUUUGUUUAGGGAAGGACUGCACGUCUGCACUUGGUGCUGCUGCUCAAAAAUCAGCGGAAUACUCUGAUGGCAGCAUUCUCGCAUUUGGUUUUAAAUUGUUGAUCUUUCCCAGCAUUCUCUAUUUGGUUUGUAGUUUAAUAAUUGUAUUUUAGUAUAUUUUAAAUUUUUUUUUUUAGUUAUUUUGAGUAGCUUGUACAAGUAUAUGUUUCCCCGCAUCUUGUUGUGUACAAGAGCUGCAUAGUUAUCGACCACAUUGAUUUUGUUAUCAAGUGGCAAGAUUCGUGUAUCUCAAUUCCAUCUUGCUUUCUUAUCCAAAAUUUGACUCUUUUGAA